AUGGAUCAUUCCAUAGCAGAAAUGAGUUGUGUUCUUAGUGCAAGUAUUCAAUGUGAAGCAUGCACAGCAAAAGUCCAAGAGAUUCUACAGAACAUCUAUGGUAUUUACACCAUCACAAUGGAUUCAGAUGAUGGGUCAGUCAGAAUCUGUGGAAGAGUGAAUCCAAGAACAUUCCUGAAAGUGAUUGAAAGGUCAGGCAAACAUGCAGAGGUUAAAAGUAUAAGAUUUGAUGGUGAAGCUGGAGAUAGAAGAUAUUACCCUUAUGGAGAUGAUCCCAUUCAUCAUCCUUAUCAGAAUUCCCAAGAACAAUCUCGCUGGUUUGACACAGCUUACCCCCAACAACCACCGCUGCCGCCGCAGCCAUACCCUUGGCAGUUCAUGCUGCCACAGCCACAGCCGCAGCCUGUCCCAUGGCCAAUGAUAGGGCCGGGCGGGCCACCUGGUAAUCCAGCCCCUGAGGAACCCAGCCAAGAUAAUAACAACAGUCAGAGAUGUUGUACAAUUAUGUGA